AUGUCAUUAAUUGUUAAACGACAUAAAUGGUCUCUAAAUACAAAUACGAAUACUGAAACCACACUAACUACUGAUAGUGUGAGUACAUCAAAUAAAAGUUCUAUUGAUGAUAAUCAAUCUGAGUUAAGUGUAAGUUAUAAUAAACCAGUUCGCCAUCUAUUUCUUGUUCGUCAUGGUCAAUAUCAACGACGACGAACACAAUCUGAUGGACAUUUAACUGUUCAAGGACAAAAUCAAGCUUGGUACGCAGCAAAUUUUCUCAUGUCACAGUUGCCAGAUGAUGUGUUAUUCGAUUCAUUAACACAUUCAGAUAUGAUUCGGACACGUGAAACAGCAACAAUCAUUUAUAAACGAUUACUAUCAAAGAAAAAAAUUGAUAUAGAAUAUUUUUCAAUUGAUACUGACUUUCGAGAACAUAAUUUAUUAUUUACUUUUUUACUUGAAGGAAAUUGGCAUGCAUUAAAACGUGAUUAUUUUCGUUUAAAAAAACAAUCAAUAAAAAAUGCAAACACAACAUUUGAAAUUAUAGUUGCACAUAGAAAUAUAAUUGGCCAUUGUAUUGAAUUACUUUCAAUGAUCCAACCUGACAAAUCUAUUGCUUUUAAUACUUCUGUCACACAUAUUAUUGUUAAUCAAACAAAUGUAAUUGUUGAUUAUGCAUAUAGACAUGAUUUUAUUCCGAUAGAUCUUUUAACAAUGUGGGAAAUAUAUCUUCCUAUCGGAAAAUAUCAAAUUGAUGAACAUAAACAUGCACAUAUUACUGUCAAUGGUGUAAAAGGUAUACAAAGAAAAGGUUGUUGUGUUCGUCUUUUAAUUUCAUGUUUUCGUUAG